CAAUAGUUUGUGUAAACUCUACUGUGUCUUAAUAAUGCACAAUGUUAACGCAGAAAAAAUAUACAACCAUCAUCACCGCAUGUAAGACGAACUUAUAGCGUUAAUUAAGUAAUUGAGAAAUCAAAGCAUGAGUAAUCAAAAUGGGAAAGCAAAACAGUAAAUUGAAGCCAGAAGUCUUAGAGGACCUAAAACAAAACACAGAAUUCACAGAUGCAGAAAUUCAGGAAUGGUAUAAAGGAUUUUUAAAAGAUUGUCCUAGUGGGCAUCUCUCCGUAGAGGAGUUCAAAAAAAUAUAUGGGAAUUUUUUUCCGUACGGUGAUGCAAGUAAGUUUGCAGAGCACGUUUUUCGAACAUUCGACGCCAAUGGCGAUGGCACAAUUGAUUUCAGAGAGUUUCUAUGCGCGCUGAGUGUGACAUCUCGCGGCAAAUUAGAGCAGAAGUUAAAAUGGGCGUUCUCAAUGUAUGAUUUAGAUGGAAAUGGCUACAUUUCCCGACAAGAAAUGUUGGAAAUCGUCACGGCAAUUUAUAAAAUGGUUGGUUCAGUUAUGAAAAUGCCGGAAGACGAAAGUACGCCAGAGAAACGAACGGAUAAAAUAUUUAGACAGAUGGAUCGAAAUAAAGACGGCAAAUUGAGCCUCGAAGAGUUUAUAGAGGGGGCGAAGAGUGACCCAUCAAUUGUUCGUUUAUUACAAUGUGAUCCUCAAACACAUUAACUUUUAUAUUUAAAAAGUUAUAACAAGCAAUAAACAAUUAAUCUCAAAUACAUGGAAAAUAAAAA